AUGGGGGAGGGUCAUGCAGGAAGAUCGCGAGAGAUCAACGCAAAUUUUGAUCCAAAGGGAAGGAUUAGGGAGGGAGAGAUGGAAGUGGAGGGCACCAGGAAGGCCGGGCUAAAUUUGCUCGUUUCAAACAUUCUAGAACUCACCAAUACGUGGGCCAAAAGAACGUACCUCAGCCUCAUCCACCCCCCGCCCCCCCCCCCCCCCAAAAAAAAAAUUUCAGAGCAAAGGAAGUCUCCCGUCCACGACCUACCUAAUGCUGGCCGCCGCCGCCGCCUCCCCCUCCCUCUCGGCGCCCUCUCCGCCGUCUUCUCCACCACCGCCCCGGCCGCCGAAGAACCCACGGUCUCCUACCUCAUUUCCAGCUGCGGCCUCUCCCCCGCCGCCGCCGCUCGCGCGGCGCACUCCGUACGCCUCGACUCCCCGGGCGCCGCCGCGCAGGCGGACGCCGUCCUCGCGCUCCUCCGACGCUACGGCUUUUCUGACGCCGACAUCUCCUCCACCAUACGCAAGUUACCCAUCGUGCUCGUCUCCCGCCCGGCCAAGACGCUCCAGCCCAAGCUCGAUUUCCUCGCCUCCGUUGGCAUCGCGGCGCCGCUCCUGCCGCGGCUCAUCUCGCUCAGCCCCAUCCUUCUCUACCGCAGCGUCCAGGACCACCUGGCCCCGCUCUUCGCCUCCCUCCGCGAGGUCCUCGGCUCCGACACCCGCGUCGUUGCCGCGCUCCACCAGAUGCCCUUCGUCAUCCGGUGCAUGCCCAAGUCCACCCUCUUCCGCACUCUCCCGUUGCUGCGCGACGUCCACGGACUCUCCCCCGGCGAGGUUUCCAAGCUCAUCGGCUUCCAGCCCGGCGUCAUCCUGCUGGGCCCCGACCGCAUCAGCGAGAUCGUGGAGGCCGUCAGGAACGCUGGCGUCGAACCCGGCAGCCCCAUGUUUGUACACAUCUUCGCCAUCCUCUCCAAGAUGAAGGCCCCCACGCUGGAGAGCAAGAUCGCGCUCUACCAGCGCCUUGGCUUCGGCAAGGACGGCGUCACCCAGAUGAUCCGGCGGUACCCGGCCUCGAUGGCGAUCUCGGAGAGGAAGAUCGAGAAGAUCGUCGGGUUCUUGAUCAGCAAGGCAGGGCUGAGCCGGGAGGACAUCGUGACCUACCCGACCCUGCUCGUGCGGAGCCUGGAGGUCCACUCCAGGAGGUGCGCCGUACUCGCUGCGCUGAGGAGGGCAGGGAAGUGGCAGGGGCAGCACCGGUUGACCGUGGUGCUCGCGAGCACCGAGGAACGGUUCCUUCAGGUGUACGUGCGGCCGCACGUGGAUGAGGUCCCCGAUAUCCUCCGGGCCAAGAACGGCGAGAUCCCGUUCGAGGGCUUCGAUGGGUCGGAGGUGAAACCAAAGCUGCCGAGGAAGAAGACGAGCGCAUGAUGCCACUGGCCACUGCUCAGGCAGUGUAGUGAUUUCUGAUGAAUUGUCUUGCAACAAGAUCUCCCAAAGAGUAUGCAAUUGCAAUGCCACCAGGUCAUUCUCCGAGCAGCUUUCUUUCGAAGGGAUUCGUGAAGAAAAAUAAGAGAGAAUCCCGGGUUGAAGGGAAUAGGAGAGAAUCCCUUCGUGAAGUGAACAAGACUCAUGAAGGAAACAAGAAUACAUUCGUGAAGGGAAUAGACUUGUGAAGGGAAUAGACUUGCGAAGGGAAAUUGUCGAAGAAGGUCUAACACCUGGUGUCCCUGUUCGGUUGCCCAAUGCUGCCUCCCACCGCUCCGCUCGGGCUCCUCCCAUCCCGCAGUGACAUGCUGACGUCCCCUUCACCCUGAUGUAGCAAAUCAACGAUCCAAGCCUGCGGCAGCCAAAUCCUGCAGUGGAGGACUGGAGGGUGGCACCCCGGCCGUGUUGAACCCGGGGAUCAGGCCAAGCAUGCUGAUUCAUUGGUCAGGGCACGGAUCCAGGAGCGCGGUGGUGGCGCAGUACGUAGUCAGUUGCAUCGCUCGAUGACUGCGUCACCGCCUGAGUGCUGAAGAAAUGGAUGGCUUCCUUGGGUGAUCUGAUUAGAAGAUAAGGUUAGGCUUGGACACUGGUAGCACUGGGCAUGGGGAGGCAAGACGUGUGCAUUGCAGCCAGCGGUAAGGUGUGCCGUUUUCUUGGAGGCAAGAUAUGGUGAGGAACAAAUGAUGCAUGGGUUCAGUCCUGAAUUCCAGAUCAGCUGAUCUAUUUCCUAAGAUCUUAAGUUAGGAUGGAGUGGUUGCUGCCCUAAAUGCAGUGGCAGAUCCGUCUGUAUGGCAAGGGGGACUCGUAUCCUCUGAUUUUGCUUCU